AUGGGCAAGAGAGGACACGGCGGUGGCGGCGGCGGCGGUGGCCGAGGCGGCUUCAAUCGCGGUCGAGGUGGCACACGCGGGCGUGGCGGUGGUGGCCGAGGCGGAGGCUUCCAGGCGUUUGAGGGUCGCGGCAACGUCCUCGGUGGUGCGCCCGGGACCAGCUCUUCUUCCGGCUACAACUCGCCCCGCGGCGGCUCGGCCAACGCAAGAGGCUUCCGCGGACGAGGUCGAGGCGGCAAUCUUGCAGCUACCGGCCAAAAUCGCGUCGGCUUCGACUACUCCGCUCUGACACGGGGCCGCCGCGCGGGAGACGACGACGAUGAUGACGACGACGACGACAGCGAUGAAGAUGACUUCGCUAUCGAGCCUCCCGCAGGCUAUCGCCACAAGAUCAAGCCUCACCUCGAGUCGGACGCCCUCUCCGAUCAGGAAAAGCCUCCAGCGAAGAACAGUAUGCCCUCCGGCUCUUCCACGCCCCUACGCCCCCACGACAACUUUGCCAGCCCUGCUCCCAAGCCACGAUUCACGCCACGCUCCAGCGCGCCCACCAACUUCCCCGAGUUUUACACCAGCCGCGGCGCUCACGGUGGCGCCAAGUUCCGUCCACCAGAAGAGACAGAAGACGCAAGGUAUCUCGCAGGCAUUCCCGGUCUACGCAGACCCGACCGCAAGCAGCGCAAUGGCCCACGCUUCGGCGACCCCGCCGACCAGGCACAGAGCAACUUCCGCGUACCCGUCGCCUUCGUCAAGGCCACAGGCGAGUUUGGCGAUCCGCUCAAAGGCAACCUACCACCCCGCGAUCCAAACGAAGCACUUCUAGACCCCAACAGCAUGCAGCAACAGCAGCCCGCAACAAAUCCAGGCGAGCGUCACGCCGGCCUCGGAUUCUCCAAUCGCUCCCAGAAACCUCCCGGCGCCGAGGCUCCCAAGGCGCCUGCGCCUGCGCCUGCAUCGACGUCACAACCACCUGCAGCUCCAUACGCUCCCGCGCGUGCAGCUGUCCCCGCCUUUCCACCGACGACAUUCGAUGCGUUUGACUUUGACUCUUUCGCUGCCAACAACGUCGGAGAUCACGACGAGGUCGAUGCGCUGCUUGCCGCAUUCCCGGGAUCCAAAGAGCUCGCGCCAGGCGAAUCAAUGCUCGAGGAUGAACCAGCUGCAUCCUGGACGCUCCCCGCCUUUCAGCCUCACGAUGCAUCCGCACAGAGGCCAUCGUCAUCGGCAGCGCAACCGCCGUCGCGCACCGCCAUCUCCUCUUCCUCCUCCGAUGACGAAGAGAUCAUCCUGGUGCCUAACAGCGCUCAACCGUCAGUCGACGCCGCUCCUACCCUCGACGUGAUUGUCGAAGCAAAGGCGGUUGAGGCGGUCGAGUCCAUCGUCCCAGUUGAGGCCGUCGAGCAGGUCGCCAUGCAAGAAGACCUGGGCUUUGUGAUUGAUCUCGACGGCGAGGAUCCCGCCUCGCUCUCUUCCAACAACGAGCACAUCAGUCCCACAUCCUCUUCCUCCUUCCGAGUCGCUCUUGGCGACCAAGCCGCAGCUGAUGGCGCCAAGACCAGCCGUUCGCGCAAGAAGGCGGUCAACAGGCGCGGCAAGCCACAUCGCGUCCCACGCGAGGGCGAUUCGGACCUCGACUGGGGCAGCGACGGCCCGCCCGGCGCGUCUGAAAACGAUACCGCCGACGAAGAAGGCCUUGCCGCCGCUGCAGCUGGCAUCUCGAUCACGCGCACCGACGACACCAACGGCAUCACCGACCCCAUUCUCGUCAAAGCCAUCCGAGCAGACCGCCACGAGUGGGAGUCGGAUGACGACGACGCGCAGUUUGGCAAGCAGUCCAAGCGUCGUGGUGGACAGCGUGCCAAGCGUUCGCUCGCCGGCCGCGCCACCGCGUCUCGCAGCGCUGCCCGCAGUCGCAAAGCCGACCAGGACGCCAUCGUCGCCGACUACAUGCAGAACCUGCUCGACCAGGCUCAAGACGCUUCCGACUCGGAACAGGACGUCUUCGCAACCGACGACAUGGUGGUCGAGACCGUCGACGGCGAGCUCCCAGACGGAGCUGCCGGCAAGGGCAAGGGCAAGGCCAAAGCACGCCGUCUGUCGAACAAGCUCGAUGAGAAGACCGAUCUGGACGCCAUGAUCCGCUUUAUGAACGGCAUGGACCCGCAGAAGGGCGGACGCCAGCUUUGCUUUGGCGAUAUCCAAGACGAGAUCCACAUGGACGAGGUCAAGGAGUGGCUCACCGAGAGCGAAGACGAUAGCGAUGGCGACCACGAUCAGCAGGUCCAAGACACCGAGUCUGCCGCCGCUGUCGAGGCCGAGUCAAAGCAGGACCGUACCACGGCCUCUGACAACGAUGAUGAGGAUGAAGACUUGGCAGAGCAGCUCCGCCAGAUCCUAGAAGACGACAACGAUGACGAAAGCAGCGAGAUCUUCUCCGAGUCAUCGUCAGAAAGCAGCGACGAUGACGAUGAUGAUGACGGCGACUCCGACGACGACGAUGAUGACGAUGAAGGCAUGUUCCGCGGCAAGCAGUCGUGGGCGGAUGAGGACGAAGAUUUUAUCCGUGCCCUCUCGUCGCAAGUCGGUGGCGCCGGCAUCGGCAGCCAUGGCGGAGCGGCUCCCUCGUCGAAGCGAGCCCAGAAGAAGCUCUUCCACGCCAUCUCCAACGGCGACUUUUCCGACCUUGCGGAUCUCGCGGCCGCCGAGAACGAGAUUGACUCGGACGACCCCGCGUACGGCCUGGGCUCGAUCCCGACCGCUCGCAACGGCAAGCGCAAGGGGCGCAAGUUCACCGACGACGACCUGUGGGCGGAGCAGCUGCAGCAGCAGUGGGACAAGGACCGCGCGAGCAAGGCGAGCAAGAAGCAGCAGCGUCUUACGGAGCGGCAGGCGGCGGCGCUCAACCCGUUCCCCAACACGCACGGCAAGGCGGGGAGCGGCAAGACCAAGUCGACCAAGAAGAUGGCCAAGCUGGCGCGCAAGGCCGAGAAGCGCGAGAUGCGAGCGAGCCUCAAGGCGCACUCGAACAAUGUGGUGGCGGCGAUCCAGGCGGCGGGGUCCGUGGAUGCGGUGGAUGCUUCGCUGUUCACGUUCGGCGGCAAGUCCUCCGAGGUGUCGUCGCUGGGGCUCGAGGAGCGAUUUGCAUUCAACAUGGACGAGCUCAACCAGCAGAUCCAGCUGUUCCUCCAACAAAGAGGCCGCAACACGAUGCGAUGUCAGCCGAUGGACAAGUUCGCACGUGCCGAGGUGCACGCGCUGGCGAAUGCGUACAAUCUGCAGUCCAAGAGCAAGGGCAAGGGUCGCGACCGAUUCCCCACGCUCAUCAAGACGAGUCGAUCGGGACUCAACGUGGACUGGAAGAAGGUGAAGCGCAUCGUGUGGUCGAAUGCCGGCGCGACGUUUGGCAACGAUGCCGGCAAGAGCGACUUUCGGGACAAGAACAAGCGCAAGGGCAAGGGCGCCGGCGGUGGUGGCGCAGGCAUGUACGGCGUUGGCGGAGGCACCGUGCCCAAGAACAGGGAGGGCGAAGAGGUCGGAUUCGGAGCCGACAAGAUCGGCGCCGAUAAUAUUGGGCACAAGCUGCUCGCCGCCAUGGGCUGGACCGAGGGCAUGGGCAUCGGCAGCUCGCAGGGCAUGGCCAACCCGGUGUCGGCUACCGUCAAGACCUCGCGCGGCGGUCUGGGAUUCUGA